AUGGAAAAGGAGGAGAUCCCAGCCCAGAAAUGCAAUAAUCCUGAGUGUGAAAAACCAGCUGCUCUGCAGUGACCCACCUGUAUCAAGCUCGGACUUGAACCAGCCUUUUUCUGCGGCCAGAAAUGUUUCAAAGACUUCUGGCCACUCCACAAGUUGUUCCAUAAAAAGAAGAAGGAGGAUAAGGGUGAUGACAGCGGGAUUGUCAACGAUGGGUUCAAAUAUACCGGCCCCCUUAGAAGGUACGAGAUUAGCAAGAAAAGAGACGUACCAGCUCAUAUUCAGAAGCCAGAUUACCACAAGACUGGGCAACCCUUAUCUGAGAUCAAGGUUCAAGGCAGUAAACACAUCCCUGUCUAUACUGAUGAAGAGAUUGAAGGCAUCAGGCUGGCUAGUAAGAUCGGAAGGAUGGCUCUUGAUGCUGCCCAUGCAGCUGCAAAGGUUGGAGUCACUACUGACGAGAUUGACAGAGUAGUCCAUGAGACUAUUAUCGAAAAUGAUGCUUAUCCUAGCCCUCUCAAUUACUACAAUUUCCCAAAAUCCUAUUGCUCAAGUAUCAAUGAGGUCAUUUGCCAUGGAAUUCCAGAUAUGAGGCCUUUACAAGAUGGAGAUAUCUUGAAUUGAGAUAUCUCUGUUUAUAAAGAUGGGUAUCAUUCAGAUCUUAAUGAAACCUUCCUGAUCGGAGAUGUUGCAGAAUCUUCAAAAACCCUUGUCACAGCUGCCCAUGAUGCCCUUAUGAAGGCAAUCGAAAUCUGCAAGCCAGGUGUCAUGUAUAGACAGAUAGGCAAGGUUAUUAGCGACCAUGUUGAAGAGCUUGGGUUCAGUGUUGUUAGGACCUACUGCGGACACGGUGUCGGAAAGUUAUUCCAUUGCAAUCCAAACGUGCCACAUUAUAAAGGAAACAAAGCAAAUGGGUUCAUGAAGGCAGGCCAUAUUUUCACAAUUGAGCCAAUGAUCAAUGCAGGAAAGUGGAAAGAUCUUCUAUGGAAUGAUAACUGGACUGCUGUCACAGCUGAUGGUCAAAGAUCUGCCCAGUUCGAGCACACUCUUCUAAUCACUGAUGAUGGUUGCGAGAUCUUAACAGCAAGGACAGAGGACUCACCACCACUUGAGAUUCAUUUGUAGUCUUCUCUUUCAAU